AUGUUGGAAAGUGAUGGGUUCAGCACGUCAGAUCGUUAUCUGCAGUUGAUCUCCUUUGUUGCAGGUGAGGGUAAGAGCACAGUCAUCAAGAUGCUCAUCGGCCGCGAGCAAGCGAGUAUUGGGGGCACCAAAUCCUUUCCUGCGCCCGUGAAUGGUCUAACCAAUGACCUCAUAUCGGCUUCCGGAGACGUCCACCUUUAUGCCAACCCAGCUACUCAUCAUGAGAAACACCCCGUCUUACUUGCCGACUGCGAAGGCCUGGGUGGCGGCCAAAAUGUACCAAGAGCCAAGGAACAUCAGAGCAGUAGAAAGGUCUGCACGGCGAAAGUUCCAGCGAAAGAUCGGAUGGGCCAAAGACUCCAGAACCUCCUCCAGAGUGUAUGA